UUUUUUACCUGAAAAUCGACCUCCAAAAGUAUAGAUAUCCUACUUAUAUGGUUUCAUCGCCAAAAAACGUAGGUUGGACCGAAAAAGCCACUCGAGCGUCUUGAGAGAGUUGCCAUCGAACACAGCCGUCUCGACAACAUCUCCAAAAAAAACGCGGUCAUCUUGGCUCUUUGGUAAUAGCGUUUUGUUUCGAGAGAGGGAACGACGGAACAAGAGGAAGAGACCCGGUGUUCCCGGUGUACCACACCAUCAGUAGUCUCGUCAUCGCGUCAUAAAAACCUCGAGUUAAGUAACCGUUUUCGGUCCUAUAGCCAUCCGAGGUGAGCGAUACUGGGUGACGCAGCGCUGGUCUAGGAUCUCGGUACUUAGUUGGCUGAGUUGGCUCCAUGUAUCCACGCUUAUCUCUCUUCACCUACGUCACCGCCAAAGAGCAAGUCUCUCUCUCUCUUUGGGAUUCCAGUUUUAGUUCACGCUGGUCUGGGCCACCUAUACCUAUGAGAAAGACCAGAUCAGACCAGAGUGUAUAGUGUGUUCCGGCGCAUGAUAGGUAUUGGGUGUCUGCAGAACAAAGUGUAGCCACGACAAAUGUCGAAGGUAUUUGGACAAAGCAACAGCGGCGGUUGUGGUCAUAGCAGCUAAUACCUGGUGUCCAGGUCCAUCCCUCGAGGAGGAGGAGGAGGAGAAGAAUAAGCCUGAAACAUGGAUGACGUGGUUGUGGUCUCGGAUAGCUUGGAGCACGCCUGUAGGCUAUGCCUGACGACCGGGCAGAAAUGCUCCUCGAUCUUUAAUGUGCCCGAUGCCAGCGUGCCCUUCGCCGAGAAGAUCCGCGCCUAUCUUUCCAUUAAGGUCACAUCAAAUGACAAGCUGCCUACGCUAGUCUGCAGCUCUUGCAUCAAAACUAUAAACCACUGGCACACCUACAAAGAUACGUGUCUAAAGGCCCAAGAAAAGCUUCAGCAAUGGUUCAGCGGGAAAAGUACGACGGUUCAUCCGCUUGUAACAGUAAAAGAGGAACCAUUAGACGAAGAAUGCAUGAACAGUCAUGUACAAGUUACAAGAACAGAUAUUAGUAAUCAUGUCGAAGCCAACACAGAUGAUGUCCAACAAAGCAAUGCUGUGCCAACUACUAGCAGGGUGGAUGAGGGGAUACCAGAGCAGCCUUCAAGAUUCAGCGAAAGCAUGGAUGUUUUUUCCCCUGAAGUGCAAAUCAAGACAGAACCCAUGGAUACAGAAGACGAAGAUAAUUGUAACAUUGAUGUCGAGUCGGUGAACAGCGGUGAACUUUUGCUCAACCCAAUGGCCAUUGCAGCUCAAAACGCCGGUAGCAACAAUAUGAUGAUGGAAGCUGAUGCAGUAGAAAAAUUCAGAACAAGGAGGUUUAUCACCCGCAAGAUCAAACGCCGUGGACCGCACACACAUUUCAGGGGUGUCAAAUUAUUCAAGAAGAAAUGUAGUCACUGUUCUAUUUACCUACAUUCAAAAUAUUCUUAUGCUCAACAUAUGUCCAGAUACCACGGCAUUGUUAAUAGCUUAGAUAGUAAUGACUGCAGUGAACCAGUGCAGCCAGUGCCUGUACAAAACAAGCAAAAGUCGAAGCUCACUCAUCAUGUAGAUAGCGAAGAGCAAAUUGAAAAUUCUGAAAACGUCGUAAAUUCGGAGGAUCUGGAAUUUGCAAAAAUGAUUAAGACGGACCCUCUAACGCCCGUCCAAAAGACAAUCAUUGGUCAAUUGAAAACAUUCUCUUGCUACGCUUGCAAGCAGACCUUCUUUGACCGCCGGCACACGUUAAAUCAUAUAAGGCAGCACAUGCCAGAUCUCAGGCCGUACACUUGUAUUGCCUGCCUUACAGAGUUCUCGGAUAGGUCGAUGUACAAGCUGCAUUGUGGAGCAUCGUUCGAGUGUGCCAUGAAAAUCGCACUCGUAGUUCCGAAAAUAGGAUACGAGAAGUACUUUACUUGCAAUAUGUGCCUCAAGGCGUUCAACAAUCGUCGGGAACUGUUGACACAUCUCGCGAUCCAUGCUGAUAAGCAACACAAGCAGCUGUCUCAGCCCAUCCGCUCUCCUGGCAAGUUGAACUCUUCAGGUGUACCUGGUACCGGUCCACAGUCUCAUUCCGUACCAGCUGGACCGUACAUGAAUGGUGAUCCAGCUCACAAUCACAUGUGCGAUCUUUGUGGUAUGAUUUACAGGUACAGGCCCAAUAUGGUCAAGCAUCGCGAUCUUUGUAGCACACUGCUGGAGAGCAUAAGAACUUCGUACCGUUGCAUCCAAUGUAACAUGACCUACCUUGUGUUUAAAAAGUUUUAUACUCAUAUUGUCAAUGAACACAAGAAGCGCGAAAUCACCUGCUUCAUUUGCCACGAAAAAUUCUUGAGUCCAGAUGAGUUUUUGGCACAUCACGAAACACACCGGGUAUACUCUGGCAAGGACAAUUCUGCGAGUCAAGAGCAACAAGAGAUGGAUGGCAAUUAUUCUGCAGAUUCCCUGGAUGCCUCGAACCAUUUGGCGGAUACCGAAGAAAAGUUCAAUUGUGCACUCUGUGGCGAAAACUUUGACACCAAGCACGAGCUGAGCGAGCAUCGCAACCUCCAUUUGAAAGUUAAGAUUUACUCUUGCGUAGUCUGUCGCAGUAUGUUCAGCAGUUCAAUUGCUCUUGAGUCGCACAUGAAGGUGCAUGGAUUUGAUGACGCCUCCAAGCAAACUAACAACGCCGGCAACAAUGCGCUCAACGAAUCAGCUGUAUCGGCUGCAUCGGAUCCUGGCCCUGGUCUUCAUCAUUGCUAUCAAUGUGGCAAAAAUUUCUCAAACUAUGCCAAUCUCAAGCGCCACGAAAGAAAUCUCCACUUGAAGGUUCAACAGAAGAUUUGGACGUGCGAUAUUUGUAAAGAUUCAUUCACCUCUUCUCAAGAACUUGAAAAACACAGAUGGGUUCAUAGCAGACGCUCUCAUCAAAUGAAAAACUCCGAAACGGUAAUUCGUAACAAAACGUAAUUCCAUUGUCAGACUUCACCAAAGAUCACUUCUCCUACCGGAAAACCGUUUCUGCAGUGCCCCAAGUGUCCCAAGACCUUCAUCUAUCAAGGUAAUCUUAUUCAGCACUGCCAGAACGUACAUAAGGAAAAUCACUUUGAGCGCAUUGCUCGGCAAUCGGCCCCACCUGCUCGACAAUCGGCCCCACCGGCCCCUGCUGCAGCUCCAGCUCCACCUCCCCCUCGGCCUCGUGGUGGUUACGCUUGUGACAUAUGUGGUAAGUCAUUUAAAGAAGAGCAAUCGAUGAAAACUCAUAAAGGCUGGCAUCUGCGGACAAACUACCGGCUGAAAUCUGAUCAAAACAUUAGCAUGGACGACAACCUACUUAGUGGUUCGGGAAUAAAUAUGCCUGCGGAUAAUUCUCCAAAGCCGGCUAAAGCCCGUAAGUCCUUUCCCAAUAAUCCUUCGCAAAAACAGCUAAACAACAUCGGUAGCUUGCAAUGUCAGGUUUGCGAUGAUCGCUUCAACGAUGUGACUACUCUUAGACAUCAUUUGUGGGACGUGCACUGUGCGCGCAAUAAACCAGAGAGAAUCUUUACGAGCGAGCUGCAGUGCGAGCUCUGCACGACUAGAUUCAACGAUGACGAAUCCUUGCAAGAGCAUAUGAAGUGGCACUCGCAAAAUCCUAUCCUCAGCAAUCACUCCAUCAGUAAAACCAACAACGAGGUGACAAGUGAAGCUGGAACGACUAGUGCGAAUUACAUGAUGAAUAGGAAGUAUUUCCGUUGCGAGACUUGCGGCAAAAACUACAGCAAUCGCAAGAUGUACGUGCGCCACAAAAAGCUACACAAAACUAUGCCUGCGGCUACCAUGAUGAACUUGCAGUCGCUUCAAAAAUCCAAGAGCCACUACUGCCACACUUGCCAUAAAAACUUUGCCACAGAUACAACGCUGAGGCGACACAAGGCCUCGCCAUGCCACUUGAGCGUUGUGCGCUCGCAGACGCAGGCCCCUACCAAAAAAGAUACCGUGGAGCCGCCGUCUGAGUAUAUGGACGUGUCCUCCGUUAAGGAAGAACCUGGCUCGGACUACUCUGGGUCUUCGUCGACCACGGGACAGUUGCAGAUGCAGCCCGCCGUGUCCAAAAAAAAGGAAGUUACUUGCUCGAUAUGUAGAACCUCCUUCCCCAACUUGAGCGUUCUACAUCAGCAUAAGCAGCUCGUGCAUCGGUCCAUACCGAGCUCUCAAGGUUUUUUCCGCUGUAACGUCUGUGGUAAAAAGUUCCCUGGCCUCGCCAAUCUAAAGCUCCACUUUGCUCAUAAGCACAAGCCGAAAUCUACUUUCCCUUGCACUUCGCCGGGCUGUAAGCUUAUUUUCAACAGUAAUAGCGCCUUAAAGAACCACGAGAAUACGCAUACUAGUAUGAUUUACAAUUGUCUGCUAUGUGACAGGCACGUGUUUUCCAAGGUCGCAAUGACCAAACAUAUGCUUGCACUGCACAAAGAAGUUUAUCACCAGUCUGGUGGUGAAAAAAGCUAUCUUUGGACCGAGACCGACUUGACGAAUUAUACUGUAAAGAACUGCCAGAGCACGGCAUGUCCUAAAUGCAAGGUGAAGUAUCCGAAUUUGAAGGCGUUGAAAAUACACUAUCUGAAAUUUCAUGACAAAACAUAAGCUGUGGGAAUUUCUUUCUUCUUUUUUUUUUUUUUUUUCUUCUUUUUAAUUAGGUUAAUU